AGGGGGGGAACAACGAGGAAAGAGCUGCGGCUUAGGCCGCGGGGGCGGUGGUGGCGGCCGGCAGACGCGAACCGGCGACGGCAAAAGCUCCGGCGAGCGGUGGGCAGUCUCCUCCAGCUCCAAUUUCUUCAUCUUCUUAUCUUCUUCAACAAUUUGGUAAUAGAUCAUGGAAGGAUCUUGAAUCAACCAUGUCUUCUUGGGAGUCUCUUUUGUCAUGGUUGUGGACGGGAUUGCUGGCGACAAGAUUGAAAAUGAAGAAAAAGUUGACGAGAACGACAUCAACGAUGAUGAGUACGACCGACGAGAUACGGUCGGCGACGAUCGACAGUGUUCGUCGAUGGGGUUCGCCGAUCAAGAGACUUCGGGUUUCCCUAAAAUACGCUCUAAUACCAUUACCUUCCUCUCAGCCGCAGCACUAUCUUCGGCGGCAACACCUUCCUGUCUCUCAGCCGCAGCUCCUUCUUCAGCCCCAACAUCUUCUUCGGCAGUCACCAUGGCUCCCACAACAGCUGAUCCGAUGGAUCACCUCCCCACUGGCCUCAAGCUAUUCGUACGGAAUCUCCAAUCUCUUACUCCGGCGAAACUUGAUGAUUCAAACUUUCCCUCUUGGUCAGCAACCAUUCGCGCUAAUCUUAUGGCUCAUCGUCUUCUCGGUUACGUGGAUGGAACGGAACCGGCACCUCCCUCUCUUCUCCUUGAAGAAAAAGCUGCUACCUCCGGCAAGGAAGAUCCACCCGUCAUGAAGGCAAAUCCAGCCUAUGAGACGUGGCUGAUUGUCGAUGCCCAGAUCCGUGCAUGUUUAUUGGCCAUCGUCUCCCCCACUGUUCAAACGCACAUCCAUGCUCUUCCCACGUCUGCAGCUAUAUGGACUCACCUUGAGCAACGGUAUAAUUCUCUAUCUCGCACCUAUAUUUUUCAGUUGAAAGAACGUCUCCAUAGUCUUCAAAAAGGGAGUGAUUCCAUGCAAACCUAUCUUGACAAUGUCUUGAAUAUUGUUUCCUCCCUUACUCUAGCUCAUGAGCAUAUCUCGGACCAAGACGUCAUCCUUUGCAUACUCCGUGGACUGCCAGCGGAUUAUAGUUCUCUGAAACAGAACAUUCGAACCAAUAUUGGGAAUGUCAAUUUAAAUCAAGUCUCGGCUUGGCUUCUAUCAGAAGAACUCAACAUCAAUCUUGAGAGACAAUUACAAAUCACAGGUUCUGCCUCGUCAUCUUCUUCGGAAAUUCACAAUGCCCUUUUCACAAAUUCUGGCCGGGGUAAUUUUCGCGGCCGGGGACGCGGUGGUUACCGCGGUAGGGGCAGUUCUCGAGGCAGGGGUGCGUACGGUGGUAGGGGCAGCCGUCCUCCUGGUCACCAGCGGGAUGAUCACCAUGGCAGAGGGGGGCCACAGCCUGGUUCCGUCACUUGUCAGCUCUGUGGGAAGCCGGGUCAUGCGGUUUGGGAUUCUUGGCACCGCUUUGAUGAGUCCUACUCUGGUCCAUCCCAGGCAUACUACACCACUCAGUCCACUGACAUCAAUUCGAAUUGGCAUCUGGAUACAGGGGCAAAUGCUCAUGUGACUUCUGAUUUAUCUCGUCUGCAGUCUUCUUCACCAUAUCAAGGCACCAACUCUAUAACUACUGCGGGAGGUAAGAGACACGAAGGAGCCGAUCCUGGAGGGUGCUGAGGCGGAAGAUAUGGCGGCACGACAAUUAUUCCAUCCUAUUAUAUUUUCUUAAAUCAAGUUGAACAUUUUUGGGUCUUGAACCCAUGUGUGCACUCCUUUAAAUUAUUUAAGCUUCCGCAACAUUUUACUUUACUUUCUAUUGUGAUCUAUUUGUGAUGUUGGUGCUUUUAAUCAUUUGAAUUAUUAUUAUUAAAUGGUUUCUUCAAAUUAUGGAUUUUACUUUUCCAAUUUGCUAACGCUUCGGUCCACUAAUCCACAUGAAUCUAAUGAAGGGAUCUUAGUUAU